AGCUGACUCAAUACCUCGAAUCCUUGAAGCGUGAAAACAAGUCGUUGAAUUCACAACUGGAAAAUUAUGAGACCCAAUUGAAAUCUUGGAGAAGCCGCCACAAUGUGCUGGAAAAUCGCUCAAGAGAACUACAGGCUGAAGCAAACCAGGCGGGUAUCACUGCUGCUCGAUUGACCGCACUGGAGGAUGAGAUGAGCAAGCUACAGCAAAACCAUAGCGAUGCACAGGCAAUGAUUAAACGCCUCCAGGAAGAGGAGAAGGCUUCACGAGAAUCCAUUCGCUCUACUAAUCAGGAGUUGGAGAGGCUCCAACAGCUAAAUACUGAGGCUGAAAACGAGAAGGCUUCCCUUCGCCAGCAAAUUGUCGAUCUCGAAGAACAACUUGAGGUUGCAAAGAGAGUCAUACCUGCAAAUGGACUGAACGGGGACCAGCAAAAUGGCGGGCCUAUUCAACCUCCGGCAAACGGCUUGAUAAAUCUUGUUUCCUCGAAGAAGCCGAAGCCUAAAAGACGCAGUGCUGGUGCGGAAAAAAUUGAUAUUGAUCGUUUUAGCGGAGCCUACAACCCUAGGCCUGUUUCGAUGGCCAUCCCCAGCUCAGCCAUGGGUCGUCAGCACUUUUCGGGCAAUGCCUUUUCUCCGGGAUUGGAUUCUGUCGAGGUGGAACUUGAGAACUUGCUGUCUGAAGAAGAGGACUUGAAUGAGGAGGUGACAAUGGGUCUGAUACGCAACCUCAAGAUCCCGCUACCCAGCUCUACUCCACCACCCACGGAGAAGGAGGUUCUGUUCCCGGCCUAUCUGAUAAAUCUUGUUACCUCGGAGAUGUGGAAUAACGGGUUUGUGAAAGAAUCCGAACGCUUUUUGGCCAACGUGAUGCAAUCAAUUCAACAAGAAGUUAUGCAACAUGAUGGCGAUGAUGCUAUCAACCCUGGCGCCUUUUGGCUUUCCAACGUCCAUGAGAUGCUUUCCUUUGUAUUCUUGGCCGAGGAUUGGUACGAAGCUCAGAAGACCGACAAUUUCGAGUAUGACCGUCUCUUGGAAAUUGUGAAGCAUGACUUGGAAAGCCUAGAGUUCAACAUCUAUCACACGUGGAUGAAAGUGCUAAAGAAGAAACUUUACAAAAUGAUCGUGCCAGCAAUUAUCGAAUCUCAGUCUCUUCCGGGAUUUGUUACAAGUGAGACAAAUCGAUUCCUCGGGAAGCUUUUGCCCUCCAACAACAAUCCAGCGUACAGCAUGGAUAAUCUUCUCAGUCUCUUGAACAACGUCUACAAGGCCAUGAAAGCUUUCUAUCUUGAAGAUUCUAUCAUAACGCAGACCGUCACCGAACUUCUUCGCCUCGUUGGUGUCACGGCUUUCAAUGACCUUCUCAUGCGGAGAAACUUUCUCUCUUGGAAACGUGGUCUACAGAUCAACUACAACAUUACCCGGAUUGAGGAGUGGUGUAAGAGCCACGAUAUGCCGGAGGGCACACUCCAGCUCGAGCAUUUGAUGGUGAGGAAGACCUAAAUAGCCAAGAAAGAAUACCGCCGCUGAUCAUGAAACCUUUGCAGCAAGCAACAAAACUUCUUCAGCUCAAGAAGGCAACAUUGAAUGACAUUGAAAUUAUACAGGAUAUUUGUUGGAUGUGAGUUUUACAACUUUUUCAUUCUCUUAGGAGAUGCGCAGUGCUAAUAC